AAUGUCAUACGCAGAGGUUCUCCGUCAUGGCGGCGUCAGCUAAGAAGAAAAAUAAGAAGGGUAAGACUCUAACCCUGACCGACUUCCUGGCAGAGGACAGUGGGGGAAACCCUCCUCCCAGCUACCCUCCCACGAAGCCCACUAGCUGGGCAGAUGAGACAGAUGACCUAGAGGGAGAUGUGUCCACCUCUUGGCACACAGAGGAUGACGUGUACCGGGCACCGCCCAUCGACCGCUCCAUCCUGCCCACAGCACCGCGGGCUGCCCGGGAGCCCAACAUCGACCGUUCACGUCUGCCUCGAAGCCCCCCCUACACUGCCUUUCUGGGCAACCUGCCCUAUGACGUCACUGAGGACUCCAUCAAGGACUUCUUCCGUGGCCUCAGUAUCAGUGCGGUGCGUCUCCCCAGAGAGCCCAGCAACCCAGAGCGGCUGAAGGGCUUCGGCUAUGCAGAGUUUGAUGAUGUGGACUCUCUACUGCGCGCCCUCAGCUUGAACGAGGAGAACUUGGGCAAUCGGAGAAUCAGAGUGGACAUUGCAGACCAGUCCAAUGAGAAAGAGCGAGACGAUCGCUCCAUGUCUGGACGUGAUCGCAACAGGGGUGGGGAUGGAGGUCCAGACAAGACCGACUCCGACUGGCGAGCCAGGCCCAGCUCCGACACAGACAACGGGCCGUGGAGGGAUGAUGGGGGUGGGGGUGGGGGCGGAGAGCGGUCCCGCGAUACAGGCUCCCGAUUCGAGUCAGAUCGAUUCCGAGACGGGCCGCGACGAGACGCUGAUCGCUAUGACGGCGGAAGAGAGCGAUACAGGGAUCGCUACGAUGACCGUGACCGCAGAGACUACGAUAAAGGCUAUGACUCGCGCAGUGGUGGUCGCAGACCAUUUGGCAGCGGUUUCCGACGUGAUUAUGACGACAGGCGGGAUGAAUAUAGGAGUGGUGGUGAUCGCUAUGGUGAUCGCUAUGGAGACCGCGAUCGUUAUGGUGACCGGGAGGACAGAUUUGAGAGACGGGAGGAGAGGCGUGAGGAUCGAGGUCCUCUCCAAAGACCCAAGCUCAACCUGAAGCCCCGCAGCGUGCCAAAAGAGAGCGAACCAAGCGACAGCUCCUCCGCCCCGUCGGGCCGGGCCGCCUCCAUCUUCGGAGGGGCCAAGCCUGUGGACACUGCGGCCAAGGAGCGUGAGGUGGAGGAGCGGCUGAAGAAGGAGCAGGAGAGGCUGCAGAGGCAACUGGACGAGGAGAAGGUCAAAGGGCCUGAGCGCAGACCCAGAGAGAGGCAUCCCAGCUGGCGCAGUGAGGACCAACUCGAGCGCUCCAGGACAGGAAGUGAGUCUUCACAAUCAGGCAGCAUGACAGGCCGAGGUUCUCGGCGCAGAGAAAGCGAGCGCUCGGUGGAAAACGAGGUGUUUAGCGGGCGUGAUGAGGAGCCUCCAUCACCUAGCAACCAAGCCCCGUCCCCCAAACAGGAAGCGCUGCCACUCAAGGUGGUGCCUGCCCCGCCCCCCAAGGAGAAUGCCUGGGCCAAGCGGAGUGCUCUGAGCAGCAGCGACGGAGACAGCCGGCCCUCCGCAUCCCCCAGCAACGCCAAUCCCCCCAAACCCAGCAGCUCUCCAAGCUCAGCUGAUGAGAAAGAUCCCCAAAGAGGCAAAGAUGAGAACCAGGCCGACGGCGUGCGCCGGGAGCAGGGACCCAAGCGAGGGCGGGCAGGGGCCUCGGGCCCCACAGCGGGCAGGGCCCGCAGAGAGGCAGCCAGCCGAGACCGGCGGAAGGAAGCGGACAGAAAGGACGGCAGAAGAGAGCGUGACCUCAGAUCCGCACCAGAGCCAAAGAGAUAUGAGGAACCUCCUUGCCCUAAAUUCAGCUCAGCCAGUAAAUAUGCCGCCUUGCUAAUGGAUGGUGAUCAAGGAGAUGACUCAGAUGGAAGUGUGGAUUGAGAAGAGGAGGAAUCAGGUGGACGAAUCUCCAGAUACUUUGAAGCAACAGCGCUGAAGGCUACCCAACUCUUGUCCUACAUCUGAAGUGAAAAACAAAACCAUACCCCACAACCCAACUCCUCUCUUAUGGACUGUACCUAAACCUAGUGAAAUACUGGACUUGUUUUAAAAUAGGGGAAAUGAAAUGUUGAAUAAAUGACUAUAACAAAUAA